AUGGCCGGGUCCUCUCGCCGGCGUUGCCUGAUCGUGAUGCUCCUCGUCGUCGUCUUCGCGUCCUUGUACGUCAGCUCGGGGGCGGCGUCGACGCCGCUAGCGGCGGAGCGGACGCGGCGGAAGGACCCGCUGGACGGGCUCCGCUACUACGGCGGCGGAUGGAACAUCAGCGACAGGCACUACAUCGCGUCGGUGGCUUUCAGCGCGGCGCCGGUGUUCGCGGCGGCGGCGGCCUGGUUCGUCGCCUUCGCCUUGGCGGGGCUCGUGGCCUGCUGCUGCCGGUGCUGCCGCGGCAAAACCAUCAGCGACUACUCCUACUCCCGCAAGAAAUUCGCCGUCUCCCUCCUCCUCGUCCUCGCCUUCACCGCCACCGCCAUUAUCGGGUGCGCGGUGCUGUACGACGGGCAAGGGAAAUUGGACGGCAGCACCUCCUCGACGCUGCGUUACGUUGUGAACCAGUCGGAUAACGCGGCGGCGAGUUUGAGAGGGUUCGCCGGGUUCAUCGAGGCGGCCAAGGCGGUCGGCGGCGCGUCCGCGGUGCUGCCGCCCGACCUCGGGAGGAAGGUCGACGAGGUCGCGGCCAGGGUGGGCGCGGCGGCGGACGAGCUCAACGCGCGCACCGCUAGCAACGCGCGCAAGAUCCGGACCGCGCUGGACACCAUGAGGAAGAUUCUGAUCGGUGUGGCAGCCGUGAUGCUGGUCUUGGCGUUUCUGGGGCUUGUGUUUUCGUUGGCUGGGCUGGAGUCAGUCGUUCGCUUCUUAGUAUUUCUAGGAUGGAUCCUUGUUGCGGCAACAUUUAUAUUGUCGGGUGUUUUCCUCCUCUUGCACAACGUGGUAGGGGACACCUGCGUGGCCAUGGAGGAAUGGGUUCUCCGCCCGCAGAAUAACACCGCACUAGACGACAUCCUGCCGUGCGCGGACGCGGCGGCGACCACCGACGCCGUGCGAAGGAGCAAGGAGGUGAACCAGCAGCUCGUCGCCACGCUCAACGGUCUGCUAUCGAACGUCUCCAACGCCAUCAACGUCCCGCCCCAGGUCGGCCCGCCUGUCUACUACAACCAGUCCGGCCCUCCGGUGCCCUUGCUCUGCAACCCCUACCGCGCGGACCUCACCGACCGCCCCUGCGCCGCCGGCGAGGUCCCCGCCGCCGACGCGCCACAGGCGUGGCAGGGCUUCGUGUGCCGCACCACGGGCGCGCCGGGGUCAGAGGUUUGCGCGACGGUGGGGCGCCUCACGCCGGCGAUGUACACCCAGGCGCUGGCCGUCGCCAACGCGAGCGACGGGCUGGUCGGCUACGGGCCGGUGCUGGCCGGCCUGGCGGACUGCACGUUCGUGCGGCGGACGUUCGAGACGGUCGUGGCGGACAGCUGCCCCGGGCUGAGGCGGUACAGCGGCAGGGUGUACCAGGCUUUGCUCGCCGUGGCGGCGGGCGUGAUGGCGGUCGUGGUGGCGUGGCUGGUUCACUCCAGGGAGAGGCGGCGGCGGCGCGAGGCCGUGAGGUUCCGGGUGUCGCCGUACAGGCUCCCCAUCGACGAGAAGUCGCUGCUCAAGAGCCCAAGGCGGCCGUACAGGAGAGCCGAGAGCAAUGGAGGCUUCAUGACUAGGUAGAUGCAUGACAGUGGCAUGUUGCUAUGGGUAGAGCUUGACGACGUUUGGAACAUGAGAAUUUCACAUACUCCCCUUGUCCUAAAAAAUAAGUGACUCAGUUUUAACUAGAUUCAAUUAUAUAGAUACAUAUUUCUAGUAUAUGUAGAUAUAUCCGUAUCUAGAAAAAAUUGAAUCACUUAGUUUUGAUGGAGUAGGGAAACAUUUUCCACUUGUAGGAAUAUAUGUGUACCAA